AUGGACGCAGCAGGGGCUGCAGCUGCUGCUGCUUUGCUGCGCGCCCCACAAGGUGCUGAUGCUCCGCGAUCAGAUUCCGAGGGAACUGAGCCUCCCAGUGAUCAGGAGGAGGCAUCCACCCGUCAGUCUUCGGUGGCCGUGGGGCUGGUCAAGGUGCAAAACUUCCCGGCAUCGUGGCUUGAGGAAGACAGCGGCUUGCUUCUCCAAGAGAGGGUAUCGCGACUGCUCGGGCGCUUUGGAACAUUGGCUCUGGAGCCGGCAGACAUCUUAACCUCACCUGGUCGACCAGUGCUUUACGCGGCCUUUGUGGACAAAUCAUCUGCCAUCAAGGCGGUGUCCAAGCUGGACGGCAUGGACUUGCGAAGCAAUGCCGAGAAGCGGGCAGCAGCAGGUGUGUACGACCCAAGUGAGCAUCUGCUGGGCGUCCAGCCACUACCUCACACUCAAAGGCGAGGCUCCAAGCCGACACUGCUCGGCCGGAAGUCAGAAGCGCCAAAGGUCUCAGAUGAGGCUGCAGAUGCCGAAGAUGCCAAAGAGGAAGUCAUGACCGAAUCGACUUCCAGCACUACAAGAAGGAAUGUCGCCGCUGCUACUCCGAAGAGGGCCUCCCGGCCAGGCAAGCCUCGGGGUGCCGCUGCAGCUCUCUUGGCGCAAGCAAGCCCCCGCGGUCCAAGGGAAGUCUCACCGGCCACGGGAUCAACGGCACUGCCAGCUCCGCCAUCCCAUUCAGAGGAUUCUGUUCCGCUGGGAUCUGCCCAGAGUGUCGACAGCAGCUCUGAUGCCCAGGUCCAUCGAAGUCCACAACCAACUCAAUCUAGAGCAUUAUGCUGUGGUGAUGGAUGUUUCGGUUUCAGGGAAUUGCUUCGCUCCUCCGCGGACAAGAAGCCCAGUGUGGCCGAAUCGGCUCCAUUGCAGCUGCCAGUUGGCCGGUCCUUUCAGGAGCAGCGCGAGUCCGAACGACGAGUACGGCUUGCGGAGCUCAACAUGCGCUUUGCUGCAGCACAAGAAGCCGCCAAGGGGCUGUUGCUCUCAAGCGAUGAGAAGUUGCAGCUGUAUGCCUACCAAAAGCAGGCAAUCGAAGGUCCCGUUUUUGGAAAUCCGCCCAGUGCCUUGAACGCGACGGCCCGCUCAAAGUGGGAUGCAUGGGCAAAAUUGAAGUGCAUGGACAAGGAUGUUGCCAAGCAGGGUUACUGCGCCCUUGUUGACAAGUUCGCACCUGGCUGGAGGUCAAGAGCAGGAGUUGGAGUCUGA